AUGGCGCCAACGUCUCGCGAAGACAUUGAGUUUAAGACCCUUAGUGGUGUCAUUCUACGUGGCUGGUUGUACCCAGCCCAAAAGCGCGGACCGGGCAUCAUUCUUUCUGCGGGGUUCAACAUGCCCAAAGACGUGGUUUUGCCUGACAUUGCCGAGUGGUAUCGAAAGCGUGGAUUCACGGCACUCAUCUUCGACACAUAUGGCAUCGGCACCAGCGACGGUGAGCCCAGAUGUGAUUUGACGGCUCGCUCUAAUAUGCGGCAAAAGACGGACAUGCACAGGCGGGUAGAGGACUUCGUCGACUCGGUCACCUGGUUUUCCCAGAACCCGCUGGUUGACCCGGAAAAGAUUGCUCUCUGGGGCCUCUGUUUUGACGGAAACAUCAUGCUCGCAACAGCGGCGACAGACCGGCGUGUCGCCGCCGUUGUGUCGGUCGCGCCCAUGAUCGAUGUCACCGGGGACCCGGAGCGCCGCGAGGCCAUCCUCGAGCUCGCGCUGGCGGACCGUGCCGGUCAGCUCGUGGGUGAAGAGCCCAUGUAUCUACCCCUCGUCGACGAAGAUGGUGUCAUGCCUCUGGGCCAGGUGUCGGGCUUCGGUUUCUUCUCCGCCAUGGAGGACAUGAAUCUGCCCGUUGAGAACCGCGUCACGGUGCAGAGUUACAUGCGGGCCCUCAGCUGGAACAUUCUGCAUUUACUCCCCAAAAUCAGCCCAACGCCCGUCAUCAUGGUUACGCCCGAGCUGGACCAAGUGUUUCCCGCGCAAAAGCAAAAGGAGGCCUUUGACAUGUUGGGGGAACCCAAGGAGCAUUGCAUUAUUGCGGGGAAACAUCACUUUGACUGGAUGUUUGGGGACAUGGAUGGCGUUUUUAAUAGACAGCUCGACUUUUUACACAAGCACAUGAAGCUUUGA